GCGCGCCGCUGCGGGCGGGAAGCGCGAAAUGGCGGCGGGGAGGGACGGGAGCGGCGGGAGGUUUCCAUCAGCUGCUCCCCGUGACCUGCCCCGCUCCGACGCCUCCCGCGGGCUCACCCGUUGCUGACGGGGGGGUUUGGCCCCGUGCGGAGCCCGGGAGAUGCCCCCCGCGGGGGGGGAGGUGGAGUCCCGCUUCGUGCACCUCCUGCAGCCCCUGCGCGACCUCACCAAGAACUGGGAGGUGGACGUGGCCGCGCAGCUCGGCGAGUACCUGGAGGAGCUGGAACACGUCUGCAUUUCCUUCGACAAUGGGAAAACCACCAUGAACUUCACGGAGGCGGCGCUGCUCAUCCAGGGCUCCGCCUGUGUCUACAGCAGGAAGGUGGAGUAUCUCUACUCCCUGGUGUACCAGACGCUCGACUACAUCUCCAACAAGAAGCGGGAGAAGCUGCCCAGCUCCCUGGGGCCGGAUGGGCAAGAUGCUGACGCCACCUUUGGGGAGGAGGAUGCUGAUGAGAAGUUCCUCUCCCUGGAUGACAUCAGGGACACCAGCCAGGCCAGCGUGGACAUGAGGGAUCACCAGUGCAACCCCGUGAACAUCGUUCCCUCGACUCCCAUGUCCUUGGUCCCACCAGAAGAGGAUGAGAAGAGAGACAACCCCCUGCUCAGCCGCAAGGGCGAGGUCCUGGCGAGCCGCAAGGAUUUCCGGAUGAACAUGUGCACCCCGCACAGAUCCGGAGCGUUCCUGCUGGAGCUGGCGGGGCUCUCCCCGUGCCCCCGGGGCCCCGGCACCGCCCCAGCAGCUCCAGCCGGUGUCCCCGGCGGCGGCAGCGAGCGCGGCAGCACCGGUGCGGGGGCUCCCAUCCGGGCACUGAGCUUCUCUGAGGAGGCAGGGCUGGAGGAUGAUGGCGAUGAUGGUGCUGGUGGAGGUGAUCCCAUGCAGGAGGACGCUGCGGUGCUGGCUCCGGGUGGUGCCGAGCACAUGGAAGCACAGCGGAGCACCCCGGGAUACGCGCUGCGGGAGCGAGCCCCUGCCCAGCACCCCCAGACCCACGCCAAGGAGCUGCUGGAUCCGUGGCAAAGCCUCGAUCCCUUCGGGGACUCCGAGGACAGACCCUUCAGGAAAGGGAGACCCUUCCUGGUGCCGCCGGGCCUGGAGGACAUGGCGGGGGGGAAGCGCAAGAGGAAAUCCCCCCAGAAGCUCCAGAACUUCCUGCAGUGGUUCUCCACGGCCUACGACAACGUCCCGGGCAGCAGGAGGGCCAAGAGGAACGGGCCGAGCUUCGCUGACCUGGAGGUGCUCUACUGGAAGCAGAUGAAGGAGCGGGUGGCAGCGCAGAGGAAGCUGCGGCCCUGGGUGGAGCCGCUGCAGCCUGAGGAGGAGCCGGAGCCGCUGGAGGAGGAGCGAGGGGCUGAGGAUGAUGAAGGAGCAGGUGAUUUUGGGGAGCACGAGGACAUCGAGGCCCUGGGGGAGCUGGAGGAAGGAGGCCCCGGCCCCCGUCCCUCCAACUCUCUGUGCUAUGAGGAGCUGGUGCGCAGGAACGUGGAGCUGUUCAUGGUGGACUCGCAGCGCUACGCGCAGGAGACGGAGCUGUCGCAGCGCGUGCGGCGCUGGGAGGAGCGGAUGGGGCCGCUGCUGCAGGAGCAGGAGGGGAGCCCGGCGCUGGAUGUCCGUGGCUAUGGGGAGGCGCUGGCGCGGGGCUGCGGCGCCCUCGGGCACUGGUGCUCGUUCGCGCGGCUCGUGGCGGGGCAGCCCCCGGCCGAGGUCAGCCGGUACCUGCUGGCGGCGCUGCAGCUGGCCAAUGACUACGUGGUGGAGCUGGCGCAGGAGCCGGGGCUGGAGCAGGCGCUGGACACGCUGCGGCUGCGGCUGCUCACGCACCAGCGCGCCCACGAGCGCUUCCAGGCCUUCCGCCUGCCCUCGGCCUGCCCCUGAGGGGGGCCCAUAGCACCCCCCUGUGCCCCCCAACCCCCCCUGUGCCCCCAACACCCCCCCGUGCCCCCCCAAUCCCCCCCGUGCCCCCCAACACCCCCCCUGUGCCCCCAACACCCCCCUGUGCCCCCAAACACCCCCCUGUGCCCCCCAACCCCCCCUGUGCCCCCAAACAGCCCCCUGUGCCCCCAACACCCCCCUGUGCCCCCAACACCCCCCCGUGCCCCCCCAAUCCCCCCCGUGCCCCCCCAACACCCCCCUCUGCCCCCCAACACCCCCCUCUGCCCCCCAACACCCCCCCUGUGCCCCCAACACCCCCCUGUGCCCCCCAACACCCCCCUGUGCCCCCAAACACCCCCCUGUGCCCCCAAACAACCCCUGUGCCCCCAGCCUCUCCUCAAAGCCCCUUUUGUACCCCCUGAGACCCCCAAUGCCCAUUUCGGGGCCCCCAACCCUCCUUUUGUACCCCCCCUUCAUCCUCCUGCCCUCCCCCUUUUGUACCAUCUUCAUAGCCCCAACCACCCCCUUUUGUACCCCCAAAGCCCCUUCUGUGUCCCCAAACCCUCCUUACUCACCCCACUGCCCUUUUGUACUCCCAACCCCACCCUGUGUGUGCCCCAACUCCCCCUUUCUGUACUUCCACCCCCCCCCACGUCCUCAGUCCCCGCCAUGUGCUCCCAAACCCCCUUUUGCCCCCUCCCUCUCCCUCCCCAUGGCAAUAAACCCUGUUUUGGGAUAA